AAACUCUGAGGCACAGCUCAGCGCCAAUGCAGUUAGAAAUUUAAAAAUUUACAGUAAUUUUCUAGGAAAAUGACGAAGAGCAAGAAAAAGAAGGCCGCUUCUGACAAGAACAGUAAUAUAAAGGGGGAAGAGAUCACUCCCGCCAACAAAGUGACGCCGCCAGACACGCCACCAAAAAACGGACUUAAGAUCGCCAACAACGGCAAUGGCACGAAACGAAGUUCCACUGUCCCCUGGGAACGGGAAAUCAUUGGGCAGUUUCUGCUGGAGAUGGGCGACAGUCAGAAGAUAAGUGCUCGCAAUGAUUGGUACGUGGAUAAGACGCAAAUGCGGAUGCUCUUCGAGGACUAUCUGGAAAAGAGUCCCAAAUACACGGAGCUUCGCCUCAAGCUGUCAGCCAAUGGAGCCUAUAACAUUGGGUCUCUGAUGCAACGAACCAACUUCCUGGUGAACACGCCGCGGGGAAGCUCCAACUAUCGCAUUAAGAGCUUCUCCUUGAUGGAGUUUCGCAGGGAGAAGAUUAAUGCGAUCGAUGAGAGGCAUCGUCUGAGGGAUGGAGUGACUAUCACUGAGCCAGGGGCUGCUGUGGUGGGCAGAAUUGAGGGGGACAUAAUCGAACAGUAUGUCCUCGAUACGGCAGCCACGGCGAUGCCUUUGAAGUAUCAGAAAACUCUAAUAAUGGGGACAUCAACGAACUUUGAACUCAACUCCCUGGGGUGCUACAUAUGCGAGACCCACUUUGACUCGAUUGAAAAGUAUGAGGAGCAUGUGGAGCACCAUGGCGAUGAGUCGGACUUUAAGUCACUCGAGAAAAUGACCAAAUUCUCCAAACCCUUGGUGACGCUCUCGUACCAGACAUGCGUGGACAGUCACUACUUUGGCUUCACCCUAAAGACCGACCUUAAAGAUGUGGUCGUGCAGAAGUUCAUUAUUGUGCAGUUGCGCCAGUUCUACUACGUGUACAAUAGACGGAUGCCGGUGACGAUGCCCGAGAGUGGGGAGAUGGUUUUCUUUGUGGACUCGCACGUGUUCACGAUCCUGAGGGAGAUGCCCAUUGUGAUCGGGUUCACGAGCAAAGGUCAGCGCUACGUGGAACAGCACCACUUCAUGCGAACGAGCGCCCUGCCCAAGCCCAUGUUCAACAUAAACCCGUACAGGCUGUGCAGCAAGGAGAUCUUUCGCAGCAAGGGCUUGUUCCGUGCCAAUCCGCCUACGGAGGUUGUGCGCGCACUGAAGCAUGACAAUGCCCAGUCCCUUCUGGCGCAGUACGACAAUGACUACCGCAACUACUGUGAGCGGGGUAGAGAGCUCACGCAGGUGAAUAUCGGCGGCGCUCUGCGCACUCUCUUACAGGUGGAGGACAUAGAGUGUCUGCAGCACUAUCUGGGGCUGACACAGUCGAAGGUGGAACUACAUCAGUUCGGCAGGGAGCUGUCGGUGAAGAUAAAACUGUCCUCCGCCAAUAAUGGAGGUGUCGAGGGUGUCCUAUCUCCGGGCGACGACGUGCUGAUAAUUAACGAGAGUGUCCCGAAUGGGAGUCCCGAAGAUGUUCGGAAGCUGUUGGAAAACAAAAAUCUCGUUCUGGAACUGGCCCUUAAGGACUUCGAUGCGAUCAUCAAGUGGGCCCGGAGUGUGGACAAGAUGCUCGGAUCGCUGAAGAAGCAGCCGCGGGUCUACUUUGCCCGCAUCCUCGGCGUAUCCACCCAGCGAGUGCACAUCACCUGCGAGCGACAGCUGGCGGACAACACCACAUAUACGCUGAUCUUCCGACCAGUGCGGGCUGUAAUGCGCUACCAGUACCGGGCUCUCGAGCAGUUGGGUCUGACCAACAGUCAGCAUGUGCAGCGGAUUCUCUUUCCUGCAGAGAUUCCACGCCAGCCAGUGGCCGUGGGAGCUCUGAAGCUUCACAACCAGUGCAUAUCCAGCAAUCCAGAGCAGAUGCAGGCAGUGAAGCAGAUUUCUCUGUGUCCCAAGCUGCCGGCUCCCUAUAUUGUCUUCGGCCCUCCCGGAACCGGCAAGACGGCAACCAUCUGCGAAGCCAUUUAUCAGCUAUAUGUGUACAGGCCAGAGUCUCACAUCCUCGUGCUGUCCGGAUCGAACACCGCCUGCGAUGAGAUUGCGCUGAGGCUGCUCCGCGCCAUAGCCAAGGCGCCGGAGACCCAGCCGCGGCCCCUCACUCGCAUUUUCGCCGCUUGCUGCGAUCGACGCAUCGACAACAUCAAUGACCUGCUACUGGAGUACUCCAACAUGUAUGCCCUGCACUUUUACCCGGCCGUCGAGGCAGUGCACCAGUACCGCAUCGUCGUCUGUACCCUCAGCUUGGCAGGCAAGCUCUCGACGGGUGGCUUCGCCCUCGACAAUUGCAAGCGGCCCGUGUUCUCGCAUGUGUUUGUCGAUGAGGCAGCCGCCUCCACCGAGACGGAGUCCCUCAUGGGCAUCACCUGCACGAUCUCAUCUGACACGAAUUUAAUUCUAUCUGGGGAUCACAAGCAGCUCGGCCCAGUGCUUCAGUCGCAACGGGCCAACGAUUGGGGUCUGUCCGUGUCCCUGUUCGAGCGGCUUCUCCAGCGAAAGUGCUACCAGGUAGAUGCGGGCGGUGGCUACAAUGCAGCUAUUCAAACGCGUCUCAUUCGGAACUAUCGCUCCCACCCGGAGAUCGUUUCUCUCUACAACGAUCUCUACUAUAAUGGCGAGCUCAAGGCGCAGGCUCCCAUGGAGAAUGUCUGUCGAGUGCAGAACUGGUUCCACACGACCAACGAAUGUUUCCCGAUUAUGUUCCAUUCGGCCUUUGGCACAGUAAUGAACACCAAAAAGUCGGUUAGCCUGUGCAACAACAAGGAGAUCGACACUGUAAUGGAUUAUGUAAAGGAUCUAAUGUACUUUGGUAUCAACGGAGAGCCAGUGGCGCAGACGGACAUCGGGAUCAUCUCGCCGUACAAGAACCAAUACCAACGCAUCCAAGAGCAGCUUAACAUGCGCAAUUGGACGCAGAUCGAUUGCGGUUCUGUUGAGUUGUUCCAGGGCAAGGAGAAGCCGAUCAUCAUCGUGUCCUUUGUGCGCUCGUUCACACCCAAGCUGGGCUUCCUCGACAAUCAUCGGCGUUUGAAUGUCUUGCUCUCGCGGCCGAUGUCUAUGCUGAUUAUGAUCGGCAAUCCACGUACGCUGAGCCAGAACCCUGACUUCCGGCGUAUCAUCGAUCUGUGCCGUGCGCGAAGGACUCUUGUGGGUUCCCCCUAUUAUCCGGAUGAAAAUGGCAUGAAGGUCGUCAACGGAACUGCUACUGGAGGAGCUAGAGAAUCUGAAAUAGCUGCAGCAAAAACCGACACUCCACCGCAGGAGUCCAGGCUGUUCUACAAUCAGAACUACGCCAAGUCGGAGUUGGACAAACUAUUCGAUGAAUUGCCCAAGGUUCCGCGCUACGUGGAUCACAGCUCGGACGCUGUUAGCUCUGUCUCUGCUCAAAUGAUGGAACUGAAGGUGAAGAAUAAAACGGAGGUGAAAGCCAAACUGCUGGCAACAAGUUCAACCAAAAUGGAGCCAGUUCCAGUCAAGCCAUCUUCACAAGCAUCUGUUCCAGCAAAGCUUCCAAGAACUCCAGCUGGGCCCUCAACCUCAUCCGCAACCACCCCAAAGAGCUUCACGGGUCCGAUGCGACCAAUUUCUAAUCCAAUUGCUCCAUCAAUGAGUUCACCAAGGACCUUCACGAAUCUACCAACACGAGGACCAACGGAGUAUAGACAUAUUCCAACCGGAUCCGCACGAUUCGAGAACAUGCGUGCGCCGUCUGAGUCGCAUUUCAACACAAGCCACGGAAAUUGGAACAGCUACAGCAAUCCACGGCCAGAGGAACCCACAACCAAAAAGAAGAAAUCGAUGUGUGCCAUUUCAUAGCUAAGGAACCCAAUUUGACUCACAGCCCCUAUGAGGACCCGGGCGGUCGCCUGAUACAACAGUCGUCUGCUGGGUCCUCUUUUUGACUUUGCUAUUUUGGCAUUAGAGCGGUCUCCGAUCGUCCGCGUGCCUAGUAGCAAAACCACUUACAAAAUGCGCACGCAUUUGGUGUGUAACUCCAAUCGCCUUUGCGAAUAAGAAGUCAUUUGAUUUCUGAUUAUUUGCUUCCCUUUUGGUUUCGCACCAAAUGCGAGUGUAUAUUUUAUGAUAUGAUUUAAUAAUUUUAGACAAAGAGACUUUCGUAAUGCAGUUAUUCAUUUAGAGUUAUUCAUUUAUUCAGUUAGAGUCGAAAAACUCCUGGAGUCAGUUCCAGAUAAAUACAGAAAAGAAGUUGAUCAUUUAUAUUUUUAUGUAAAGUAAAGGGCGUAGCUAACAUCCUCCACUUGUUACAAAUGAACGAUGCAUUCCAUUUAUAAAAUGUCAAGAUUUCAAUAAUUUUACUAGAAAACUAGAAACAUAUGUUUCAAUGAAUCAAAAUUAAACUUUUGUUGCUCAUACGAAUUGUUAAAAUAAUAUUAAUUGAAAGACAUGAUGUAUGAGAUAUAUAUAUGUUAUUUAAAUGGGAGACCGGUAAGAAUACGCCCAAGUCUUUCCCUGCUACAAAUGAAUUCUAUGUAUGCCAGCACUUACGUUUCCAUUUACUCAAAGACACCCAGAUUUCAAUAAAGGCAAACAAUAAAGACAAGUA